GAAAAAGAAAUACGCGCGCCAUGUGGUUUAUGCGUUCCUAAAUUCUGAGAUUUCCCAAGCCUAUCACCAUUCAAAUAUUGUCGAAGUUAAAGAUCUUAUUUAACCCAGAUGAACUCAUUCAAUGACCAGGCUUGUGCUCUGUGUGGAAAAGUUGUUUCUACCAAACAUGGUAUGGCUAGACAUUUAAAAAUCGUGCACGAAGGUCUUGAAGAAUGUAAGUGUGAUUCUUGUGGUCGGAAAUUUACAACAAAGUUUGCUCUUCAUCGACAUAUUCGAAAAGUUCACGAAGGUAUAUCAGAACUUGUCCUCCCCUGCGCUUGUUGUGGCAAAACAUUCUCUGCCAAACAUGGUCUGGAACGUCAUAUGCGACUAAUACACGAAAGUGCUGAACUAUGUAUUUGCCCAUUGUGUAAUCGAAGUUUUUCAACGAAAUUCGCUUUCAAUCGUCAUACGAAAACUGUGCACUCAGAUUCAAUUAGCCUGUGCUCACCGUGUAAUAUGUUAUUCCCAUCGAAGUUCGCUCUUCUGGAACACAACUUGACUGUUCAUAAUACUUCAAAGGCGUUUGCCUGUCAUGAAUGCUUGAAAUGUUUUCCUGAUACAGAGUCACGAAGAAACCACGAGCAAAAUGAUCACGCUGCUUUGAAACAACGGUAGGACCACCUAUACAUACCCAUAUGCUGGGUUCUGAUUUCUGCAGUAAUGUUGAGGAACAACUCGCUCAAUUGGAAAUUAUCUGCUGCCUGAUACAAUAUAGCUGAGACAUAAAUAAUGUCCAGAGCAACUUUAUUUGGUUUGCCGACAGAAAUUUCGAAGUGUUAAACUUUUCCGCCAAGCGCAACUAGCAUUCUCAACCAUUCAUAUUACACGUAACACAACAGUAAGUGCAUUUAAUAUAUAACCGCAAAAUUUGAUAUCUUUGACUUCAUAUAGAAACUGCUUCUUACAUUAAAAACUUAAUCGUUUUAAAAAUAACUGAAUUCAUUUUUUUAUGCAGUUGGUACGUCCAACAUGUAUUCGUCAACGACACAAUCAUCAUAAAAUGAAACGCUCCUCAAGGUAUAAGAUGAGCUGCUGCAAUUCCACUAAAACUAAAUCAAUGUAUAGAGUAGCUUUGUAAAUUGAAUUAUUUACAGUGGGAUUUCUAUGCUUCUGGGAUGUAUCAGACGCCUUGAUCAUGUACAUAAACGUAAUAUCACUAUAUUCAGCUUUUUUUCAUUUUAAUCCAGUCUGUGAAUCGCAUAUUUAUUUAUAUACUUCCUGUUUGUGCUUAUAAAUUGUUUUAAAAAGUAAAUAUACUGGAACUGCAUUGAUGUGG